AUGACUGAUGCAGACAUGCCCUCCGAAGCACCCCAAGGCCCUGGUGCCCCUUCAUCACGACCUACCGACAACAACCACCACCCUCAAACCAUCGCCGAUACUCGAGAUGUUGCCAUGAUUCGCAACCGGAGCAGAGAUAGGGGCGGAGGUACCAGAGAUCGGGUCGCCGUAGAAAGGGAGCCUCGAGUCUCAGCUAUCGAUCCCCAACCCAGGCUGCAUUCCCAGUCGCCUACCCGUCGCGAUCAACAUAAUCACCUAGAAAGAGAGAAACAUCCGCAUCGCGAAAAGGCCCACGCAACCAACGAAGAGUCGAUUCCCGAUAGAAGCCAUCGAGGGCGGUCACGCGACCGUCCAAGAAACGACCACGACAGCGCCCGCGGGGCGAGACGGCGUUCCCCUGGAGACGAGCAGCUCCAGCCCAGCCGACACCGAGAAGGUGUCUCGCCGCCCAGACAGCGCCCGAAACCCGAUGAGAAAUCAGAGCUACCCCCACGAGAUCGCUCUCACUCGCCUACUUCAAGAAAACGACGCAGAAGUCAGAGUCCCUUGCCGCUCCCGGCCCCUAAAUCUAAGAAGUCGAGGCGUGAACGCGAGCGUGACCGCCGACGUAAAGCAGAAAGAGACGAUAGGCUAGAGAGAGAAUACACCAAGGGCCCUGGGCCUGCGCGGUAUGAUCGCACACUUUCUCCUCUGCGCAGGGGAUCUCCUUCCCGAGACUACGACGAUCUCCGUUAUAGGUACUCUGAUCGGCGCGAACCUCUGGAUCGGCCUCGGCACCGCCAUCGUAGUCGGUCGCCGCUUCGUGAGGCUGACUUCAAACGUGGUGCAGCCUCUCGCCCACGCGUGGACCCGCUCUUUCGAGGCCGCAGCCGCUCUCCACGGCCAACUUCCAGGCGCUCAUCUUUCUCCCGAACUCACUCACCACCUCGCCAUCUUGGGCGCCCCCCGGCCGGGCCUCUGGAUGCCGGCUCGCAUUCCCGCAGAUCAUCUCCCUCAUUCGACCAAUCUAGAGCAGAGUAUCCUCCUCAUUCUCCUAGAGACCGUGCAUCGCGCCGCUCCCGCAAAAAGGCCAAGUCUCGCGAAGAACCACGAUUUCCUUCCGAUGGUCAGCCAACUGGUGCCAACAGUAUUGAGGUGAACAUGUCCCGGUUAUCAGACAGUCGAGGCGACGGAGGACGCGAUGGUCGAAGCGAGCUCAGCACCCAAUUGCCACCUAGACAUCCGGCCAAAACUCAUCACAGUGAUUCUCGUUAUGCCCAAUCACCAUCCCACGCCAAUUCGGGCUCCUCGUUUCACGGAUCGCCAACUGCUCAAUCGCCUUACGGAAAUGGUCGAGCAGCUAGAUACAGUCAGCAUCAGUACUCGCCUCAAAGCCAGCGUCCCUCCCAGCAGUCCCAGGGCAAUCGUGGACCUCCAACCGGGCCCUCUGCACAUCGUGUCAGGAGUCAGUCACCACAGCCGCCGAGCGGGCCCGCCGCUCAAGCUGAUUCCCGCGGUCAUGGCUUUUCGAGAGGAAGAUUUCGUGGUGGUUCUUACUCGACACGACGUUACCGCGAUGGUUCCGCCCCGAGGAGUGCACAGCGGGAUGCCCCGGCUGAGUACAGCAGGGGUCAUUCGAGUCCACCACACGAUGGCACUCUUCGAAAUCUCAGCCCACAGAACACAACCUCCAAUCAUCCCGACUUACCUGGAGAAAGCGAUGAAGCAGAGAUUGGUACAUUGGGGCCCUCUGAAGAUGCCCACGUCGAAAGUCCUGCACCAGAGAAAGUCCCGACAGAAGUCAUGCCGCCGCCUGGGCCGCCUGGGCCGCCGCCGACUGCUCCUACCGGCCCCUCUGGCUCGAAAUUUAGUUUUGCUUUCAAAGCAACAAACAAAGCCCCAGUGGCGGCGCCAAAACCGGAGAUCUCACAAAAAUUCAGUGCUGCUCCAAAGAAGGGAGCGCAACGCGAUGACGACGACAAUCGGGACCUGCCCAGAGACACCCCUAGAGAGCCUGCUUCGGCCAGGGCCCGGAACGACCAACAUGACAACAAAUCAAUGCCCGAGCAGCCGCGCACGCGCAAGGUGAUGAGGAAGAUCAGAACCUUGAAACCAAAGCCUAGCCUAGAGCCCGAAUACGCCAAGUCGAAAUCUGUCUACUUCAGAAAACCUGGAAAUGAGUCGGUCAUCGGAGCGGGCACCUACGGCAAAGUGUUCAAGGCGGUGCAUGUGUACAUGAAGAGAACCGUCGCGCUCAAAAAGAUACGCAUGGAAGGAGAGCGAGAUGGCUUUCCAGUCACUGCCACGCGGGAAGUCAAACUGCUCCAGUCAUUGAAGCACACCAACAUCGUCAACCUGCAAGAGGUCAUGAUCGAAAAGAAUGACUGCUACAUGGUGUUUGAAUACCUCUCCCAUGACCUGACUGGUUUGCUGAACCAUCCGGGUUACAGGCUUGAUGCGAGCGAAAGAAAACAUCUAGCGAAGCAACUUUUUGAGGGGUUGGACUACCUUCAUAACAAAGGGGUACUACACCGCGAUAUCAAAGCUGCGAACAUCUUGGUGAGCAAUGAGGGAGUGUUAAAGCUGGCCGACUUCGGUCUGGCUCGCUUCUAUGCCAAGGGCCACAAGAUCGACUAUACGAACCGUGUCGUUACCAUCUGGUACAGAUCUCCGGAGCUUCUGCUAGGCGAGACGCAGUAUGCUGCUGCGGUUGACAUAUGGAGUGCCGCGUGUGUCAUGGUAGAGAUAUUCACUCGCCAUGCCAUCUUCCCAGGUGACGGUGGUGAGAUUAGCCAGCUGGAGAAGAUCUACAGCGUGCUGGGCACACCCAACCCGAAGGAGUGGCCCGGCCUCGUGGAUAUGCCGUGGUUUGAGUUGUUGCGGCCGGGCUAUCGAAAGCGGAGUACCUUCGUAGAGAAGUACCGAGAGCGGGUGCCGGCCGCUGCAUUCGAGCUCCUCACCAGCAUGUUCCAGUAUGACCCUGUCAAACGACCAUCUGCAAGUGAUGCCCUGGAACAUCCUUACUUCACGACGGAGCAACCGCCGCCUAGACAAGCCAUCCAACUCAAGCACGUCCAGGGCGAUUGGCACGAGUUCGAGUCUAAGGCACUUCGUCGAGAGAAGGAGAGAAAGGAGAAACAGGAGCGAGACGCUCGGCGCGCAGCUGCUGCCAAAGAUGGCAACCAGAGGGAUAAGGAGAAGAAACGGCCGUCUUCGUCUCAUGAUGCUCAACGGGAAGCCAAACGCCCACAUGUGGAGGGACAACCUCCCAAUAUGAAGGUAUGA